AUGUCAGAAAUAAAUCUUAACGAUGGUGUAGCUUCUGUCGAGGAAAGUACCAGACAAUUCAAUGAGGUUUCCAAUGAUUUGGAAAACCAAUCGAAACAGUUCCAGGAGAUCCACACCGAGCCUACUGGAGAUAUAGAGAUGGGUGAAAGAGUUAGAGAGAAUGAAGACGACUUCAAACUCCGUAAAUAUUUUGAAAACUCUCAAAGAAUGAAAAUGGAGAUCGGUGGAAAACCUAAAAAGAUGGGUGUCUCCAUUAAAAAUCUUACUGUUGUAGGUCAAGGUGCUGAUCAUUCUAUCAUUGACGACAAUUUAACUCCACUCAAAUUUCUUUUUAAAUGUUUGAAUCCAUUUACUUUAUUUAGAAAAAGUGAAGUUAAAACAUUCAAUAUCCUGAAUGAAGUGAAUGGUUUCAUUGAGGAUAGUAAGAUGUUGUUGGUUUUGGGUCGUCCAGGUGCUGGUUGUUCAACAUUAUUGAGAGUCAUCUCUAAUCAGACAGAUUCUUAUAUCGAUGUUGUUGGUGACAUCAAGUAUGGUAAUAUUCCAGCCGACGAAUUUGGAAGAUACCGUGGUGAAGCCAUCUACACACCAGAGGAAGAUAUCCAUUUUCCAACUCUCACAGUCUUUGAGACUCUUGAUUUCACAUUGAAAUUAAAGACACCCCAUCAACGUUUGCCAGAGGAAACAAAGGCGAAUUUCCGUACUAAAAUACUUGAUCUAUUAGUUGGAAUGUAUGGAUUAGUUCAUCAAAAAGAUACUGUUGUUGGUGAUGAAUUUGUUAGAGGAUUGUCAGGUGGAGAACGUAAGAGAAUGACAAUUACCGAAGCAAUGGUAUCCGGUUCAUCUAUCACCUGCUGGGAUUCUUCAACUCGUGGUUUGGAUGCUGCAUCCGCACUGGACUAUGCCAAGUCAUUGAGAAUCAUGUCAGAUACUCUCCACAAGACUACCAUUGCCUCUUUCUACCAGGCAUCGGAUUCAAUCUAUAAUCUUUUUGACAGGGUUAUGGUCUUGGAUAAAGGUCGUUGUAUUUACUUUGGUCCGACUCAUCUCGCCAAGCAAUAUUUCUUGGAUCUGGGUUUCGAUUGUGAACAAAGAAAAUCAGUUGCCGAUUUCCUUACUGGAAUUUCUAAUCCACAGGAACGUUUGGUUCGUCCAGGUUUCGAGGGUCGCGUUCCAGAGACAUCCGGUGAUCUUGAGGAGGCCUGGAAAAACUCUGAGCUCUUCAGACAACAGAUGGAAGCUCAACAACUCUAUGAAGCAGCCGUCGAGAGGGAACAGCCAUCAGUUGAAUUCAUCGAGCAAAUUCGCAAGGAAAAGAGUAAGACUGCAUCCAAGAGAUCGCCAUACACCUCCAGUUUUAUCACUCAAUGCAUUGCUCUCACCCAGCGUCAAAUGCAACUGAGUAACGGUGACAAAUUCUCAACCUACACUCUCUUUGUCACUGUGAUUGCACAGUCGCUCAUUAUGGGUGGAAUCUUCUACAACUUGGACAAUACAACCAAUGGUUUGUUCACUCGAGGUGGUGCAAUCUUUUGUUCUAUCAUCUUCAACGUCAUUCUCACAAGUGGUAAUCUUCACGCUACAUUCACCGGAAGGCGUAUCCUUCAGAAGCACAAAGCUUACGCUUUGUACCGUCCUUCUGCAUUCUUGAUUGCCCAGGUAAUUGUCGAUAUUCCAGUUGCAUUCAUACAGGUCACCAUGCAUGCUAUCAUCGUGUACUUUAUGUAUGGACUUGACGUUGAUGCUGGCAAAUUCUUUAUCUUUUAUUUCACAUUGAUUGGUAUCACUCUGGCUGCUUCAUCAUUAUAUCGAGCAUUCGGAAAUUUCACACCCACCAUCUUUGCUGGACAAAACUUUAUGAAUUUCGUUUUCAUCUUUGCGAGUAUCUAUGUCGGUUAUUCUAUUCCCUAUAAAAAAAUGCACCCUUGGUUCCAAUGGUUCUUCUGGGUUAAUCCUCUUGCCUAUGCUUUCAAGGCAUUGAUGACCAACGAGUUCAAAGGAAUUCAUUUCACAUGUGGUGAAUCUGCAAUUCCAUACGGUCCAAACUAUAACGAUAGCAGUCAUCGUAUUUGUCCAGUGAUUGGUGCGGUCGAAGGUGAUAUGGCGAUUGCAGGUGAGACCUAUCUGAGUAAUACAUUUGCUUUCGAUGUUGAUCAACGUGCAUUGAAUGUCGUUGCUGUCUAUUUGUUCUGGUUGGCCUAUAUCGCUGUCAAUAUCUUUGCGAUCGAGUUUUUCGAUUGGACUGCAGGUGGAUACACUCACAAGGUGUACAAACCAGGCAAAGCACCAAAGUUGAACGAUGUCGAAGAGGAACGUCAACAAAACAAGAUUGUAGCAGAGGCUACCUCGCACAUGAAAGAGAAUCUCAAGAUUCACGGUGGUAUCUUCACAUGGCAGAAUAUCAACUAUACCGUUCCCGUUCCCGAAGGACAGAAAUUGUUGUUGGACGAUGUCAUUGGUUGGAUUAAACCUGGACAGAUGACUGCGCUCAUGGGAUCUUCCGGUGCCGGUAAGACAACGCUACUCGACGUUCUCGCAAAGCGUAAAACAAUUGGAAUUGUUCAAGGUGAAUGUGAACUCAAUGGUAAACCGCUGGAGAUUGACUUUGAGAGAAUCACUGGAUACGUCGAGCAAAUGGAUGUCCACAAUCCAGGUUUGACAGUCCGUGAAGCAUUGAGAUUCUCGGCAAAGUUGCGUCAAGAACCAGAGGUGUCAAUCAAGGAGAAAUACGACUAUGUCGAACACGUCUUGGAAAUGAUGGAGAUGAAACACUUGGGUGAUGCACUCAUCGGAAGUUUGGAGUCGGGUGUCGGUAUCUCUGUCGAGGAGAGAAAGCGUCUUACCAUCGGACUUGAGCUGGUUGCCAAACCACAUAUCUUGUUCUUGGACGAACCAACCUCGGGUCUUGAUGCUCAAUCGUCUUACAACAUUAUCAAAUUCAUUCGUAAACUCGCCGAUGCUGGAAUGCCGCUUGUCUGUACCAUCCAUCAGCCAUCACCAGUGUUAUUCGAACACUUUGACCGUAUUCUCUUGUUGGCCAAAGGUGGAAAGACUGUGUAUUUCGGUGAUAUCGGUGAUAACUCUCAAACUCUUAUCAACUAUUUCGUUAGAAACGGUGGAAGAGAAUGCCAUCCAUCGGAGAAUCCCGCCGAGUAUAUCCUCGAUGUGAUUGGUGCCGGUGUCCACGGAAAGACCGACACCGACUGGAGCAGCGUCUGGAAGAGUUCGCCAGAGUUCAGCAACGCCAAAGAGGAACUGGCACUACUAAAGACACCAGUGGAACUAUCAAAGUACAUCGAUGUCAAUGCCAAUGCCAACGGUGUUCCCAGAGAGUUUGCAACCAACUUCCUCACCCAACUAAUUGAAGUGUACAAACGUUUCAAUCUCAUAUGGUGGCGUGAUCCACAAUACACCGUUGGUUCUUUCGUGCAAUCGAUUGUCUCCGGUCUGAUCGUAGGUUUCACCUUUUACAACCUCAAAGAUUCAUCGACAGAUAUGAACCAGCGUAUGUUCUUCCUCUGGGAAAGUAUGGUUUUAGGUAUCCUUUUGAUCUAUUUGGUAUUACCGCAAUUCUUUAUCCAAAAGAAUUAUUUCCGUCGUGACUACGCCAGUAAGUAUUAUUCAUGGCCGAGUUUCUCGAUUGCGAUCGUCGCAGUUGAGAUGCCGUAUGUUAUCAUCUCCACCACUCUCUUCUUUAUCACCACCUACUGGACUGCCGGUCUUCAAUCCGAUGCGAUCUCUGGAUUCUACUAUUGGUUGUUGAACGUCAUGUUCAGUUUGUACUUGGUUGCAUUCAGUCAGGCUUUAGGUGCCGCUUGUUUUGAUAUUGCUAUAUCAAUUGCUGCUUUACCAUUCUUGCUAUUCUAUAUUUUCUUAUUGUGUGGUGCCAACGUUCCAUAUUCACAGCUGCCAUCAUUCUUCAAGUUCCAAUACCACUUGAAUCCAGCGAAAUAUUUAAUGGAAGGAAUUGUAUCGGUUAUUCUUGAACCGGUAAAAGUCAAUUGCAAACCAUCGGAUCUAAUUGAAUUUAGCGCACCACAAGGUAGUUCAUGUGAAGGAUACACCCAAGAAUUCUUAUCCUACGCUCCAGGAUACGUAGUAUCAUUGAAUGGUACAACAGACAAAUGUGGAUAUUGCAUAUACAAAGAUGGUGCCGACUACUUUGAAUCGUUGGAUUGGAAGUACGAGAAUCGUUGGAGAAACUUUGGUAUAUUGGUGGCCUACUGGGCAUCCUCUGUCAUCGGUGUUCUUGCAUUCGUCUACCUCACCAAGAAAGGAAGAAGAUAA